AUGGCUGGCCCGGAAGUGUGUGCAGAAGAAUAUUUAAGUGUGGCCAGCGUAGGUUUGGUCAUCAGUAUCGAAUGGUUGUCCACCGAGAUGGGUCGAGGUCGUCCGCUCAGCUUGUUGGUCGCAGUGUUGUGUGUGGUGCUGACGGCGCAGCAAUGUGUGGCGCGGGACAGGAUUCGAAACAGGCGCGCUCUGCCACGUGACCUGGAGGUGGCCGCCAGCGGGCACGACCAGCACAAGGAGUCUGGCGGUGGACACAAGCACCACGGGGACCACCACGAGGAACACGGGGAUAAGGACGUGAAGGGUUACAAGGGCCACCAUCAUCACGACGAAGGGGAGCAUGGCGAGCACGAGAAGGAACAUCACCAAGGACACCAUGAGGAGCACGGCGGGAAGAAGAAGAAGCACCAUGAGGAGUCCGAGGAACAUGGGGAACACCACGAAGGGGAGAAAGGACACAAGGCUGGGAAGUUUGGGGAGAAAAAGGGACACAAGAAGGGGCACAAGACCAAGGGGUACCACAAUAAGUUCCACAAGGACGAGUACCACAAGGAGCACAAGUUCUAUGACGACUACCACAAGGGAGGACAUCAUGAGAAGCAUGGCUCACAGCAUGGACAUCAUGAGAAGAAGGAGGGCCACCACAAGAAGGGCGGACAUCAUCACUCUGGACACCAUGAUAAGCAUCAUGGGAAAAAGGGACAUCACGAUAAAGGACAUCAUGAUGAGGAUCACAAGGGGCAUCAUGGCAAGGAGGGGCAUGAAAAGCAUCAUAGUCAUCAUGAAGAGUAUGGGAAGAAGGGCAGUCAUCAUCAUGGGAAGAAACAUGGCUACAGCAAAGGGCACAAGGGCUGA